AUAUAAACAAAAACUUCACGCCCAGAUGUGCACUUGCAUACUGUCUGCUAGUUUGCGAUUGUGUAAGCAGAUGUGAAGUACUUACUUGAUUUGAAAAAUGAUUCGCUCAAAAUUUCCGUCGUUGCUCUACGGGGUAUUAUUUUCUGGCCUCGUAGUAUCUAUUGGCUUAGGACGUAGACUGAUUCCGCAGAUAAUUUUGUUGGCCUUUGUCACCUUUCUUGUUACGGGCGGUCGGUAUGAGUUCCUGUACAUUAUUUACAAGACAUUGCCAAGGGACCUCAGGGCCUUGUGCGGUUUCGCCAAGCUGAACGCCCGGCUGUGGUGGUACGAGAAGAGACGGUACACCGUGCCGCAGAUGUUCCGCAACACCUUGAAGCGACACCCCGGCAAGGUCGCCUUCUGGUACGAGAAGAAGCCGUGGACGUUUGCCGAGGUGGACGUGAUGAGCAACCGGGUGGGCCACUACUUCAAGUCGCAGGGGCUGUCCCAGGGCGACACGGUGGCCCUGCUGAUGGAGAACAGGCCCGAGUUCGUGUGCGUGUGGCUGGGGCUGGCCAAGGUGGGGGUGGUCACCGCGCUCAUCAACACCAACCUGCGGCAGGGCCCGCUCGUCCACUGCGUCACCGCGGCCGGCUGCCGCGCGGUCAUCGUCAGCGACGAGAUGGCACCGGGUCUGCAGGAGGUGCUGGGCCAGCUGGGGGGCAUGAAGGUGUACCACCUGGCGGAGGGCCGGACCGGGGUCCCGGGAGCCGCCGACCUGGCCGAGGGCCUCGCGAGGGCCCCCGUCUCCCCGCCGGCCGACAGGGGUGCCUCCAGCAAGGACAAGCUGGUGUACAUCUACACGUCGGGCACCACGGGCCUGCCCAAGGCGGCGGUCAUCACCCACCUCAGGUACAUGUUCAUGGUGACCGGGGUCAGCACGAUGCUGGAUGUGUCGGAGGAAGACGUGUUGUACACCUCCCUCCCCCUGUACCACACCGCGGGCGGCAUGAUCGGCACCGGCCAGGUGCUGCUCACCGGCGCCACCAUGGUCGUGCGCAAGAAGUUCUCCGCCUCCAACUUCUGGAGCGACUGCGUGGAGCACAACUGCACCGUGGCUCAGUACAUCGGCGAGAUCUGCCGCUACCUGCUGUCUGCCCCGGAGCGGCCCGAGGAGAAGCGCCACCGGAUCAGGCUCAUGUUCGGCAACGGCCUGCGCCCGCAGAUCUGGCGCCGGUUCGUCGACAGGUUCCGCGUCCCGAGGAUCGGCGAGUUCUACGGCGCAACCGAGGGCAUCUCCAACAUAGUGAACAUAGACAACACCGUGGGAGCGGUGGGAUUUGUGCCUCGUUACGCAACUUUCGCGUACCCUGUCUGCCUGGUGAAGGUGGACGACGCUACUCACGAGCCCAUCAGGGACAAGGAUGGCUUCUGCAUGCAGUGUGGACCAGGUGAAACUGGUAUGUUUAUUGGCAAAAUUAAUCCCAACAAACCUAUUGCUUCAUUCAGUGGCUAUGCAGACAAAAAAGCAUCCGAGAAGAAAAUUUUGCGUGAUGUUUUUAAGAAAGGUGAUCAGUACUUCAACUCAGGGGAUGUUCUUGUGAUGGACGAGUUUGGUUACUUUUACUUCAAAGACAGAACCGGCGACACUUUCAGAUGGCGUGGCGAGAAUGUAGCAACUUCGGAAGUGGAAGCAGUCAUCAGCAAUGUUGUUGGCCUUAAGGAUGCGGUUGUGUAUGGUGUCGAGAUCCCGAACGUGGAGGGCAAGGCAGGCAUGGCGGCCAUCUUGGACGAGGAGAGCAGCCUCGACCUGGGGCAGCUGGCGGCGGGGGUCCGGCAGCAGCUGCCGACGUACGCGCGGCCGCUGUUCGUGAGGGUUCUGUCCCACCUGCCCUUGACGGGAACGUACAAGUUGAUAAAGCGAGAUCUCCAGCUCGAAGGAUUUGACAUAACUGCCAUCAAAGACAAGUUGUACUACAUGGACGCCAAAGGGCAGUACUCACCCCUAACCAGAGAUGUGUAUGAAGAUAUACUCUCAAAUAAGUUGCGAUUGUAGGCGGCUGUUAAACUUACGUUGGUUUCUUGGCGAAGUGAGGAGCUAGAUUCCUAUUCCAAGAAGUUGCAUCACGUCUUUAUUGAAUCAAGUGCAAUUAGAAAUGUCUGAAAUGUGUAUUAAGACUAUGAAGUGUGCAAGACAUCCUUACUCUUAAAAGUAAAAAUUAUAUAGAUAUAUAUUUUUGUCUUUUUUUAUGGCCGUUCCCAAGUGGAAUGUGAUUUAACUCUUUGUUGUAUAUACAUAAUUUAUGUAUGCAGUCUGUUGUAGGUUGUCAAGAUUUCCCAGUUUAUUUGGGGUAGUACUUUUUCAUGUUACGUGGCACAAGGAAUUAAAAUGUUGUUUAUUCUUUUUUA